AUGGAAGAUAUACGCACUAAACAUAAAACAAUACAAAAUGCUGCUCAUCACAUCGCUUUGGAGUGUAUUCAUCCGCAGCCAGCACAUGGAUCCCCUUACCAUGUACAUCCUUAUCCUUCACCUAUCCGUCUUCAACACGCUUUUCAAGCUCAGCCAAGUCCAAAGAUGUUUCAUCCCAAGGGUCUGAAGCCUCUUUUUGAUACAAAAUCAAAUGGAACACCAAAUGAUAGCCCAAUUCUUGGUCGGGCAUUAUGUCUUACUCCACGUGCAAGUCCUCUUCCAGGACGCAUUUCACACUUAAAUGAAAAAUUUCAAGAAUCUCUUGUACUCAAUUCUGAUACAGAGGCUCUAGUUGCCAAGAUAAGUGCCAUGUUCCCUACUGUCAGUGAGACACACAUCAAGAUAUUGCUGAAGAAGUACUACAACCGUGAAGCUGUAGUAAUAAGUGCUCUACAAGUAGAAAAACACCCAAUCACUACUCCAGGACCAUUAACUGCAUCUCCAUCUGCUUCAAGAUUACACAAAGGUGCUAUGGGAAUUCACUCAGCUUUACAGUUAGCAAAAGGAGUUUCUGGCUCUUUGCAUGGAUCAUGUCAUUCCCCAUUUACAUUGACACCACAAGGUUCACCAUUACUAUUACGUCCGACUUCAGGUGCAUCUAGUUAUUAUGGAACAACAAAAUCAUAUGAAGGUGGUCAAACAACAAAACAUCAAUCUCCUAAAAUGAAAUUGAAAUAUCUAAAAAGUGUUUUCCCAAAAGCUGAAGAAACAUUGAUUUUAGAUGUUCUAGCAAAUAAGGACAACAAUGUACAAACGGCCAGUGAAGAGCUUAUUACUAUGGGAUUUAGUAAGAAACAGACCGUUAUAAUACCUGUCAAACAAGAAUCUCCUCCGCCAGUCAAAAAAACCAUCACAUUAAUGAAAACUACAGAAGAAAGAAAACAAAUUAAGGAGAACUUCCAGAAAAAGUACAGUAGUAUAGCAGAAAGAGUGGUUUCUAUAGCUCUUGAAAGCGUCGAUUAUAAUGAAGAAAGAGCUGAACAAAUAUUAAAUGCGGUAAUCCAAGAAGAUGCCCAGGCCCCGAAAUCGGUAACAGUUACACAGGCGAAGGAAACAAAACGCACAGAAACUCCAGAAACAAAAUUUUGCGUCGAAGAAGAGGAAACGACUCCAGCGCCGGCCCCUGUCACACGCCGUAUCAAGACAUGGACGGAACAUUUGAAGCCCAUAAUUAAAUCUUCAACGAAUACCGAACCGAAAUAUAAGUCUCAAUACUCUGGGCACAAUACUGGUCCUAAUCCAACCCUAAGGCAAGGGCCAAAGGACAAUUUGUUAUUGGAGGACUAUAUGACUUGGAAUGGCCCAAAUCCUCAACUUCGUAUCGGCCAAACGGUUAAAGCCGAUGGCCCAGAAUCGCGUAAAAAUACAUUCAUGGCCGUCUGUGGACCCUCAGGUACUGCUAAAGGCCCGGCAGGUAUUGCAAAAGGCUCUGUGUACAAUCUUAACAAGAAGACCGCAAAAAUGUAA